AUGGGAAUUAAGGAUCUCUCAAAAGUGAUAGCAGAUAAUGCUCCAAACGCUAUCAAAUCGGGUGAAAUGAAAGGUUAUUUUGGGCGAAAGGUAGCUAUUGAUGCAUCGAUGUGCCUCUAUCAGUUCCUUAUUGCUGUUCGUCAAGAUGGAUCGCAACUCCAGUCUGAAAGUGGUGAAACAACAAGUCAUUUGAUGGGGAUGUUUUAUCGCACAAUUCGUAUGAUAGAUAACGGUAUAAAGCCGUGCUAUGUCUUCGACGGCAAACCUCCUGACAUGAAAAGCGGAGAAUUGGAGAAAAGAAGUGAAAAGCGGGCUGAAGCCGAAAAAGCAUUGACUGCAGCCAAAGAGAGAGGUGAUGCUGAAGCUGUUGACAAAUUCGAACGGCGGCUUGUGAAGGUUACAAAAGAGCAAAAUGAAGACGUGAAGCAUCUUCUUGACUUGAUGGGAGUCCCUGUUGUUGAAGCUCCAUGUGAAGCUGAGGCUCAAUGCGCUGCACUCGUAAAAGCAAAGAAGGUCUACGGAACUGCAACUGAAGAUAUGGAUGCGUUGACAUUUGGUUCUGAUGUUCUUUUACGUCACAUGACUUUUGCAGAAGCUAGGAAGAUGCCUAUUAAGGAGUUUUCUCUUGCUCGCAUCCUAGCAGACUUCGACAUGACAAGAGAACAGUUUAUCGACUUGUGCAUUCUUCUUGGAUGUGAUUAUUGCGAAUCGAUACGAGGGGUUGGACCGAAGAAAGCUUUCGAACUUAUUAAGAGUUACGGUGAUAUUGAGACGAUCCUGGAGAAUAUCGAUCACAACAAAUAUGCUCCUCCAGAGAAUUGGCCUUACAGGCGUGCUAGGGAACUGUUCCUUAAUCCUGAAGUGACUGAUUGUGAGAACAUCAAUUUGGUUUGGAAGGAGCCUAAUAUUGACGGCAUUAUAAAAUUUAUGUGCGAGGAGAAGAAUUUCAAUGAAGAGCGUAUCAAAUCAGCAAUUGCCAAAAUGCAGAAAGGGCGAAGUACGGCAACUCAGGGCCGGAUUGAUUCAUUCUUUUCCGUUAACAAAACGGUGCAUUCCGAACCUACGACAGCAAAGAGGAAAGCACAGGAAGAAAAGAAAGCUAAAAAGAAGGGACCUCCAACAAAGAAACCAAAGUGA